AUGACACCAGCACCAGCACUGCCGACGAAGUUCCCAUGCUGGUGUCGGGCUAUCUACUCAUGGGGAGGAGAGUCAAAGAGGGAUCUUGGAUUCGUGGAAGGAGAUCUGAUAGAAUGUCUCAAUGCAGGUGAUGGAUCCUGGUGGAUGGGGCGCUUGCGCCGUGAUAAACGGAUGAUAGGGUUGUUCCCUUCGAAUUUCGUUGUGGUGCUUGGAGAGGAUUUUGUGCCUGUGACUCGGUCUACGACGGACUCGUUGACACGAAAUGAUGGUGCGAAUCCUCAUACCAUUAAAAAGCAACGAACAGUCUUCCGAAAGCCAUUUCAGGCGCACAGACACGCUGUCACUCCAGGUGAGGCCAAUCGUCGAGCUCGAGAGAAAUUGUCAGAGACACCUUCGACGGCCGCAUCUCGAGAAAAUACACCACCGCGAUCAAUUCUACCCCAAAAGCCCCCACGAACACCAAUCACAACACUUCGGACUCGAAGCACACUGGCAAGAUCGCCGUCACGGACGGCGUCACCGAGCCCAGCUGAGAAUGCUCGUGCGCCAUCACCGUUGCCCCCAAAACGCGACGACUUCGUGUCAACGUCGCCUUCUUAUCCGAUAACCUCGGAAAUGACACUUCAAGUCGUUCCAUAUGUUCCUCAGCAGCCUCCAGCUCGCGAUCCAUCGCCGUCUCCUCCACCGCCGCCUCCACCUCCUCAUCGAGUGGCAGUAAGGAGCCAGCAGCAUCGUAUGAGUAUAGCACCUGCUCCAAUUGAAAUGACCGAUCGUUAUACAGCUUUCGCCAAAACUCCACCUCCUCGUGAUACAUCUCCUCUGCCCCCAAGUCUCUCGCCUGGCCAUUCGCCUGGACACUCGCCUGGAAACUCGCCAGGAGGUCACUCAUCAGUCGGUCAUGGUAACACCCCCUCACCACUGCGAGAUGCCAUGGAAGAUGUGAUGACUUCUUUGCAAGAUAUGGGCCUACCUCGCGGCGCUCCUUCUCCUUCUCCUGCCCCUCAGUUUUCCAAUCCAUGGUCACCCGAUGCAUAUAAUGAGAUUCGAGCGACAAGCCCUCGACCAGCCCGUGUUCGAGCGAACACAUCUUUGGGUUUUGGUUCGGUUCGCGCCGCAGAUAUUGAUCAAGGAGUGAAUGGCUUUGAUGAGCAGCAAUCCUAUGGGCAAAGAUAUCAUGAUGGACCUCCUCAGUUCAACAACUACGUUCAGCGAAUGGAAGAUCGACUCAGACAACUUCAUGACCAGUCAGAUCAGCUGUCUCAUGAGAACGAUUAUGAUGUUGGACCGCCACCGCCGCCAAAACAACAUGGAUAUCAUACUAGACAUGAUUCAAUCGGUGCCCCGCGUCCUCAAUUGCGGGCACGAAAAUCGGCUGUUGAAUUAGGCAAACAAUUCUUAAACCGUACUAUGACUAACAAAUCAAACACGACAAAUUCCUCUAGUGGUGUACAGAGUACGUUUACCACAGAUACGACUAGUACAAACACUACUGUCAGCUUGAUGAGCGGAACCUCAGCCGGUCAAUUCAGCGCAACGAGUGCAGGAAGUUUUGCAAGAUAUGGGCAAACGAAAUGGGGCAGUUUUUCUGCUGAACGCCCCACGACGGCGACGGAUAGUCUGAAUAGAGGUGUUUUCAGUGACCUUGACAGGCCGAUGACGCCGAUCAGUGGUAUAUCUUAUCAUUCAAGUCAUGGUACUUCGAGACAAGGCGCUCAAUCUGCCGUACCAUGGUCACCCGGCAAAGAUCUGGGCGAUUCGCCCGGAGUUUUUGGUGGUCUGUCAACACCUAAAGCCAAGAAGAACGGAUUUAUCAAACGAUUCCUCGAAUCUGCCAAAACCGGUGCGGCAACUGCUAGAAGUAGCAUGCAGGUGCCGAGCGGAAGGUCCCCGUCCCCCACAAAGCAUCGAUUCACUCAAUCAUUCGGCUCAUCACGACGUCCGGAUAAUGCUUCUCGGGAUGCCGAUGUAGGAGCCAACAGUCCAAUUGACUGGGUGCAAGUGCGGCGAGAUGUCAACCGUGCGAGCACGCCAAGUCGAAACGAGCGCAUCGAACGCGCGGAGCGCUGUCAAAUGAUGGAUCAUCCAGUCAUUUACGCCGUUGAGGAGCUCUAUGAAACGGCAGAGGGAGACGAAAGCAUUGAUGGCCUUCCGCUUAGCGAAUCUACGAAUUGGGGAGCCAUCAAUCUUGGUCUGGUUGAUAAAAGUACGCGUUUUAUUAGCAGUCUGCCACCCUUGACAAAUGCUGCAAGCUUGGCUCAAGGUUAUAUUUGUCGACCGUACAAGAGCGAUCUCCAGCGCUUGAGAGCUAUCUUCACCUGGGUCAGUGAGAAGAUUGCAUGGGAAGAGCCACUGAAUGAAAACGAGGUUGACUUGAAGCGCGUGAUCAAUAUCAAGCGUGGAUCACCUCAAGAGGUUUCUUUUCUUGUUCAGGAGAUGUGUUCGGCUGUUGGAUUACAUGCCGAUAUUAUCAAAGGCUACUUGAAGAGUCCUGGAGAGUUACUAGAUCUGACUGCUCUAUCGCGACCGAAUCACUGGUGGAAUGCUAUACUGAUCAACGGCGAAUGGAGGUUCAUGGACUGUUCGCUGGCGAGCCCAACGAAUCCCAAACGUAGUCAAUUAGUGACAACGAAUUCUCAGCAUGCGGAGAGCUGGUAUUUCCUUGCUCGACCUCUUGAAUUAUGUUAUACGCAUAUUCCUCUUCAUCCCGAAGAACAACACAUCUGCCCGCCUAUAUCUCCAGACGUUCUUCUAGCUUUACCUGCUGUCAGUCCGACCUUUUUCAAGAAUAUGAUGCAAAUGCCGGAUUAUAACACAAGCUAUAUCCGCAUUGAAGGGUUGGAUGUCAUGCAACUACGCAUUCUUGUUCCACCGGACGUUGAAUGCGCUGCUGAAGUCGAAGCACCAGCAUUUGCUCGUGAUGCUGAUGGCGACUGGUUUGAAAGUGGAGAUGUCGUACACAAACGCGCACUCGCCCAAUCCGACUGGAUUCAUGGUCAGAAGCGCUUUACAAUCAAGGCACUUCUCCCCGGUGAUGAAGGACAAGGCAUACUCAAGAUUUAUGCAGGCAAGAAGGGACUGAUGCAUUCAAACAGAGAUAUUCCUCAUCCGCUUGCUGUCGCUUUGCCAAUUCUGCACACCGGAGAGAACCCUCCUUACGAGUUCUUGCUACGACACCCAACUCCGCAUGCACAACGUCAUGAUCUGUAUGUCAUUCAGCCGCAGUGUGGAAAACUGGCUAUCAACAACACUUUUGUAUUUGCAGUUCGUCAACACCCAGCCGCACCGUUUUCGAAGUCCAGCAGUGGGGAAAUUCCAAGCGAUGGGCGCGCCUCUCCAUCAAUAAUGCGCCCAUCCAGUGCUAUGAGCAUCGUAUCCAGCAGUUACGGUGGAUCUGUAGCCUCAACUACAUCCCUCGACGCCUUCACGGCGAAUACUUCGGUCGUGUCAUCAAGCAAACCCACAUCGAACCGUGACAAGCCUGCUAAACUGGCUAUACAAUCACCAUCGGGAAAAAUUCUGCGUCUCAUGCGCAAAGCAGAUCAUAUGAUUAGUACGAACAACGAUAAUCCUGAUUCUUUGACUGAAGGUACUCCGGAUGGCAGUGUAUGGGAGACUGUUAUCAAGAUUGGAGAAAAGGGCGUCUGGCGCGGUCUUGUUUUGGCAGAUCGCAGCGCGCGCUGGUGCGUGUUUUGCGAAUGGGAGUCUUAUUAA